AUGUCUGAAAUUCAGAGGUGGACGGUCAAUGAGCCGUACCUUGACAUCCCGGGCACAUUGCUCGAAGGUCCCUUUCACGAUGUCGCCAAGAAUGAAUUCCGUUUCGUCGACAUCUGGGACCAGAAACUCUAUCGUCUCGAUCUGAGCAAAGGACCCGAGUCGUUGACGGUCAUUGAUACCGAAGCGUCGGUUGGCGUGACCGCCAAUGUGGCCGGGUCUGACAAGGAUCAGCUGAUUGUUGGGGCCAAAUUAGGAUUCGCCCGGCUGAACCAGACUACCGGGAAACUGUCCUAUAUCUCGCAGGUGUGGACUGAGGAAGAUGAAGGCAAAGCGGCAAGGAUGCGUUUCAACGACGGCGCAAUCGACAGUCACGGCCGGUUCUGGGCCGGGGCGAUGAACGACCCCAAGGUCCAAAAACCCCAAGCAGAGGGUGUCCUGUUCAGACUGGACCCUGAUCAGAGUGUGCAUCGUAUGCUCGCACCGGUGACGAUCCCCAACGGGAUCGGAUGGAAUUUGACAGAUGACGUGAUGUACCUGACGGAUUCGCCGACGGGCAAGAUCUUUGCCUUCGAUUUCGAUGCGUCCAGUGGCGCUAUUAGCAACCGGCGCGUACACUUCGAUAUCGGUGAGGCACUGGAGCCUGAUGGCUUCGCUAUUGAUGUUGAGGGCUGCAUCUGGAGCGCUGUCUACGGUGGCGGAAAGGUGCUGCGCAUCUCCCCGGCCGGAAAGGUUAUCGGUCAGAUCGACCUCCCGACACGAAACGUGACCUGUCCAGCCUUUGUCGGUACUGAGUUGUUCAUCACCACUGCCAAGGAUGAUCGUGAUGAUGACCAGCUGCCGCAGUCGGUCAGGUAUGGGGGACGAGUUUACAGAGUUGAUGUUGGGGUCCGCGGCAUGCCUAAGAACGAGUUCAGGUUUCAGGACUAG